UAAGCCCAGGCCACACUUUGAAAGCCGGCUGACGGAGGGGGCGGCUCGGUCCAAGUCAUUUUCCACCAAAAGCCUCAAAGACAACGAGGUUCCUUGUUCCCUUCAGGCCAAUAACUUGUUGGUUGGGGUUGGUUCUACGCCUCUCUCGUGUUGUUCAAAGGUCUAUAUUCUACGAUUUCUCUCCCUCUGUUCGCCUAAAAAGCCUAAAGUCCUCCUUUGUCCAGUUUACUCGAUCCACUAUCCUCAACCGAUAUUCGUGCUCACCCCAUCCGUGUCAACUCGAUUUCCCCUUCGUUCUAUAAUUUCCCAUCCUGGUCGGUCUGUCGAGCAUUUUCUCGACUGAUCUUCCCGUCCAGAACUCCAUCCUCGCGCUCUCCGGCUCUUUCCCCUGUCGAUGCUCUCCCGAACUGGAGGGAUGACGUGAUAUCUACCAGACUGACAUUUGGUAUCUCGUGAUGGAAGAGCAGAAGCUUUCUGCUCAACAUUUCGAACCUGACAGUUCCGACCCGGCCGACAAGCAGCUUCAACCUUUGAGCCAGUCUUCACUGUCGUCCUCAGAGCUGACCCUUCGAUUCCCCCGACCGCAGGGCAACCGACAGCUAGCUAGCUGGAUAGCCUCCAGUCAUUCUGAUAUCAUGACUCCUUCCGCCGACCCUUACGGUGAUGCCACCGCCUCUCUGUCAGAAUCAACCUUUGAGUUCAUCCACACAGACGACGAGAGUCAGGAUGGGCCUGCUUCCGAGUCCCUCGAUUCGUUCGACGACAGCCGAGCCGAUGACGUUCAUAGUCUUGCUGGUACUGAGCAGUCGGCGGAUGACUUGGAGACAGACUCAGAGAUCGAAUUCAAUAACCAAGAAACACGAGAAGAAGAGGAGGAUGAAGUAGCGGAAGAAGAACAAGAAGCCCGCAAUAACUCGCAGGUUUAUGCGGAAGAGAGCCUGAGUAGUCCCUCUACUCCUGCGAGUGCCUCCAUUAUCGACCCUACAACCAAUACUCCUUCAUUUCUCGACCCUACGCUUGCUCCGUCACGGGGAGCCUCGGCAUCUCAAGAUCCCAAACAUGUUUCCGACGAAGAAGACCUCGCUCGCCAGAAUGACACUCCGAAUAUUUCUUGGCCACCCUUUGCCACUGUCCACCAGCGCAUGGACGAAGAAUACUUGCUCAUCAAAAAGCCACUUCGUAUCAUGUAUGUCGGCAGUCCGACGGCACAAGAAGAUAUCGUCAAAAAAAUGGCCUCUGCACUCACAGCACCCUCUGGUCCCGGCUCUUCUCAGUUGGACGAGGCAGAGUUUAGGAGGACCCAUAUCAAAGUUGAGCGCUGCACAUUGGCCCAGGAGACAGCCUAUAUGUCGACGCAUGGUGUGAUUGAGACAAUGAUCUUCAUCACUGUCGACGGCGAGAGAACCUACAGCACUUUGGCACACCGGAGAAACUUUCAUGUCACGUCUCACUGGACGGUGCCCGAUUUCGCCGUUUUCUAUGCCUCGCAGGAGGAUGACGCCAUUGCCGGGGAAACGCGAGAUGCUGCUUGGCUAUUCAUGAAGCAGCACUGUGUGCCCUGCAUCCUUAUAUCCGACCCCCAGCUCUGCCUCCUGCCUGUAAACGUCUGGAGCAAAUACAUAGACGGACGUGCCAUCCACCGCCGUCUCUUUAGUAGCCACAACCGUCAAACAGGGCGCUUACCCGUCGAUUUGACCUCUUUCUUGAACGUCGAUUCCGGUAAGCUAAACCGCAACCUUGCAUAUUUGGCCCGCCGAUACUCGCGGAAGAGGGAAGAAAAACCUGGCGAGAGUGAAAUCGAGGGACUUUGCGCACAUGCAAGCAAGGCAGCUCGAGAGAUAUGGAGAUAUAUGCUCGACCGAUGUCCCGUGGUAAGCACAUACGUGCUCAUCCAUUUGCUUCUUUUUGGGCUCACGGCGGUCGUAUGUUACGGCGUCUCCCGGGUUUCCUUGGUCGCGCCUCCGAUACCCGCCCCCGGUGCAGUGCACCAGCCCCUGACCUCGCCACCCCCGGUUGCCAGCACCGCUAUCUACCCCGACUCAACCAUGACCAGCAACCUGACGUCGACGACGAUGGUUGAUAUUCCUCGCGCCAACGCUUCCCCAACCAACUUGGCUCUCGCUCCUUUCCCGAGCUUCUUUUCCGAAAGCGUAACCGGCUCUCAGGAGUCAACGGUCUGCUCUGCCGAGGUCCAUGGACGCAACGAAAUCCUGGUGAAAAUUCCACUGAGCACGAAGACGACCUGGCUCGCGAAGGACUCCAUUAGUAUUGACGUACUUCGCGGUGGCAGGCUUGUCAAGACCAAGUUCUCGUCCAUCGACGAGGGCCUCUUAAUUGAGAUUCCGAUGAGUGAGGCAUAUGGUCCGAUUUCCGUAACAGUCGUCACUACCCGAAAACCAAAAGUCAAUGAGACGUUCGAGGUUGACUUUGGCAAGAGCAUUAUUGAAGAGGUAGUCGACUUUGGACGGUUUCUCGUCGACAGGGUGUCCGACGUAGCCGGCGGAGUCGCGAAGGCUGCGGACCGAGUCAGGGACAAAGCCAGGGAUACAGCCAGCGAGACGCCGGAGCUGGUCCUCUCCCUUAGACACUCGCUGCUGAAGAAGCUCACAGACUUGCCAGAGCGGGUCAGGGCAGAGACAUCCGUGACGGUGGAUUACCUCAAAAACGCAUGGAGCAACAGUAACCUGAUGCCCAAACAAUGGCGGCGGAUUCAGGACGAGACCUCACGGCACAUGGAAGAUUACUCGGAUCAGGUGAGGCUGUCCGUCCUCAAGGCGCAGAUCGCAUCACAUCUCGGGUGGCUGCGGCUGCAAGGGAAGCACGAAGAGUACAACCUGUACCGGGAGAAGGCCAAGGCAUACUUGGCCGACAAAUACUCGGAGGCCGUCAAGGCUCGACAGGUGCGGCAUAGAACGGACGCCAAGACGAGCUCUGAGAGUGGUUGCCGCUCGUGGCGAUGGUCCAGGAAAUGUUGGCUUGGAGACAAGUAGUGGUACGAAACGAUUUAGGUCGCAUGCUUGUCAGGAUGCAAUGGAUUAUGGUUAUGGGAGACGAACAAGGGACAGGGAAUUGGGCACAGCAGGUGGCGUUUGGAGGGAACUGUUUGCGUUCGGAACACAUUUUACCUUUGCCUUCUCUAUUUCUCU